AUUGAAAGUCACGUGUAGUAAUGGCAGCCUGCGCCACAAGCCGUCCGCCACGAAACGUGACUUCCGUGACGCCUUCGCGUUCUCUUGGCGUUCCUGCGCGUCACCCCACCUGCCAAACACUUCCGACCGCACCAACGACACUCUUAUCAACAACCAACAUCCCCAAAUCCAUGCCUGCAUGACCCAACAUGGCAGAGGAGACAGAGAGCAAUGCUGGGCUGUUCCACGACGUGGUCUUCACGUACAUCCCGAGCGAGGACUUGCCCGGGCAGCAGGCACAAGGCCUCGUCACGCUGGUCACUCAAGGCCAAGGCAAAUAUAUCCCGCUCCGUGAGGACAAUCAGCAAAUCGAAGACCUGACCGCCAUCACACACAUCGUCUCCACCCACAUCGAGUUUCCUCAAUACGACACCGCGCUCGCAAAAGGUGUGCAUGUCGUCAAGCCCUCGUGGAUCAUCCGAAGCGCCGAUAAAGGUCGCCAGGCGCAGAUUCGGCAACACAGCCCCGAUCCCAGCCAGUUCUUCCGCGAUGUUGUCGUCACCACAGCCAACUUGCCAGAGGGAGAUAAAGAUGCAAUCAUCGCGGGUGUCAUUGCGCUUGGAGGACAAUACAGUGGUGCCCUUAGCAAGCUCGUCACACACAUUGUCACCAGUGAUACUCGACACGACAAGUGUGUGCUGGCAGUAGACAAGAAGUUGUCCUGCAAGAUUGUUCUCCCACACUGGUUCGACGACUGCUUCAGGCUUGGACGCAUGAUCAGCGAGAAGCCGUACACCUUUCCCGACCCCGAACUUCUUCGUGAAGAUGCCCCGAAGAGGGUGCGCGACUUUCCCUCUCCUCAUCUGGAUGGCGCGCUCGUUGCCACACCGACAGACAUGCCCCAAUCCUCUCCUCCACCUUCGCCAGCCAAGAUCCGCCAGCACUUGAACGCACUUAUGAGUCGCAAAGUGUUUUUCGCCAAAGACCUGCAGCUCAGCAAACACCUCCACCAAACGCUGGAAGGUCUCAUCAACCAUGCUGGCGGCACACUCACGGACGACGUACGCAAGUGCGACAUCUACAUUGGCCAAUAUCGGGAUGGAUCAAAUUACAUUCAGGCCUCGCAAGAUGGCAAGAUCGUGGCCAACCUUUCCUGGCUGUAUCUCGUGAUCAACCGGAACAAGUACACCAAUCCACUCAACAAACUCCUUCAUUACCCGGUGCCGAGGAAGGGCAUCCCCGGCUUCGAACACAUGCGAAUCAGCAUUUCCAACUACACCGGCGACGCACGCAUCUACCUUGAGAAUCUGGUUCGCUACUGCGGUGCCGAGUUCACCAAAACCAUGAAGCAAGACAACACCCACCUCAUCACCGCGCACACCCAGAGCGAGAAGUGCGAGGCGGCACAGGAAUGGAACAUUCAGAUUGUCAACCACAUCUGGCUUGAAGAGUGCUACGCAAAGUGCUCUGUGCAAACCUUAACAAACGACCGCUAUCGCUGUUUCCCCGCCCGCACGAAUCUUGGAGAGGUGCUCGGCCAGACGAUUUUCGACACCAAGAGAUUGGAGCAAGUGUAUUACCCUCGGUCAAAUCAGUCGCCUCAGAAAAUGGCCGCAGUUCCAGAGACCUCCCAAAGGAAAGUCUAUACCGCCGCGGAUGGAAGAUCACCAGCCAUUCGCGUUGAUGAGGACAUGGAGGAUGAUCAGCCGCAGACCGCGAAGAAACCUCGAGGACGUCCGCGAAAGACAGCAGCUACACCACGCUUGCGAGACGAUGAGAAAGAGAAUGAAUCUCCAUCUCUGCACAGCAGCGGACGAGCUGCAAAGGCCAAAGCGGCAGAUCGUCUGCAUGACCAAGCCGACGACAUCGCGCUCUUUCAAAAGGAGAUGAAGCGUAAAGGCGGUGUGACGCAUGGUGGUCGUCGCUCUACCCUCGUUGACGAUAUCGACGAUGUGUUCUCGCCAGCGCCCGAAUCUGCCGCACCCAAGCAACGCAAGAAGCGCACGAGCGAUGAGGCGACGUACGAUGUCACCGCGGUGGGCAGCGACCUCAGCGACGGCGAAACCCAAGCAACACCCGCCAAAGCGGCCAAGAGAGCCAAGAACGCAGUGACAGCGCCCGCGCCCGAAUUCCCGCCCAUAGAGAUCAACUUGUUGGUGACGGGUUCAGAUCGAUGGAAAGACAAAGCAGCACUGGAGUCCAGGGAUCGCAACAAGCUACGCCAAUUGGGUAUCUCUCUGAUCGAUGAGGCGACGAAGAAGGUGGACAUACUCGUUGCACCCAGGAUUCUGCGUACGCAGAAGUUCGUGGCUGCGCUGGCGUACGCGCCGAAAGUCACCGGAAUGGAGUGGUUGGAGAGAACACUCAAGGAUCAAGAGCUCGACCCGGACCCGCCACUCCUUUGCGACCCCGAGGCGGAGGAGAAGUGGGGAUUCAAUCUGGAAGAGGCGCUGCAAAAGGCCAAGGUGAACGCUGGAAAGCUCUUCGACGACCGGGCCAUCUUCGUUACCGGGGACGUCAAAGGCGGUUUCAACACGUAUAAAGAGUUCAUCACUCUCAACGGCGGCGUGUGCUUCAUGUACGCUGGUCGAACCGGUCUGCACCUCCCAAGACGCAGAGUGCAAGCCGAGGACGACGACAACGAGGAUAGCGUUGAGAGUGCCGAGGACUUUGAGCCCGUGUACCUCGUCUCGGGAGAUUCGGGACCGGAAAAGAAGCUGUGGAAGAUGUUCCGAAGCCUGGCGGAGAAGCAAGGACUCCGUGCGAGGGUUGUCGCGACGGAUUGGGUGCUGCAUGCUGCCAUGAGCCAGGAGAUUGUGUGGAAGGAUAUGUUUGAGUUGCAGGAGUGAUCCGGAGGGUUCCUAAUGUGCGCCGACGCUUCCGAUUAAUAUAUUGUGAUGGCAUGCGUGGGACGUCUCGAGCGAGGCUGGUCGUUCUGUCUUUGACUGACUUUAGCGAGCAUUAGCAUGGACUCUUGGCCGACAGCUUGACGAAAGAAGAAGUGCACUCACACUCAUGCAAGUCUCGUCAAUCUUGCGAUUGGCCAACAAUCCCAUCAGGUAUGAUCCCUUCUUCAAUACCCGUCAUAAGUAGGGUUCCUCGUCACGAAGCGCGAUGCUCAGAAAAACUUGACUCCCUCCCCACUCUCCAGCCCAAAAACCUGCGCCUUUCCCCUCUUAACCAACACCCCCAACACCCGCCUCAACAUCCCCUCCUCCAUCGCCCUCCACUCCUUUCCCCUUACCGCCUCGCCUUCCCUUAACUCAUACAGCGUCAGCA